UACACCAACUUUAACCAGCUCCCACCCACUUGUUGUCGCUUGUAUACGGAGAAAGCCCAGAUGUGGGACGUCAUCUUGCGGUCGUGGUCCUCGCUGUCGUCGUGGACUUCGGUAGUGCAAGACAAGAGCGAGCAGGACAACGCACCUCCGUCUCCUUCCAAUGUCGCGUGCAUCGUCAACGAGCCUCCUACCUUCACACCCUCUCAGCCCAUUCCCAUCAAGAAGGUGAAAGGUCGCCCUGCCGCCCCCCUGUGGGUGGAUGACUUCGAGGACGUCUUUGCGACGUCCCCGUUAGCCGCCAGGAAAGCAAGGGUAAAGAUGAUCAAGCAAAUCAAGAAAGAGUACAACGAACGCAUGACGCGAUCCUCCGCGCGCCGGGCGGGUGGUGUGGGCCCAGCGAAUGCAGCGAAGGCUCAGGUGAGCCCGAAACCCCAGAGCUCAGACAUCCCGAUGGAACCCCAAGUGCGCGUUGCUGGGUUCCACCUCGGCUGCUCGAUAGUCGCGCCAACAACCCACAUCGCGACCCCACACCUCCCGGUUGUACCUCAGGAGCUGCUCGACAAUGUCGUUGCUAUCGCCGACAGCUUCCGGGACCUCGUCCUCGCUCGCGACAGGCGCUUUGAGACGGCAAAAAGCUCGAACCUCUGCAGCGCACACUCCAAGGCGGCGCAAAUUACAAACGUUCAAGACACGGACGAGACCCACGCCCUCCGUAAACAGUUCCUCCAGGGCAAGGCCGCGCUAGAGGAGCGCUUGCGCCAAAUCAAAUGCCAACUCGAGAUCAUCAACCCCGGCCACGCAUUUGAGGACAUCGAGGUCGUCGAGCGCAUGUUGGCAGACGAACCUGAUGAGCCAACCCUGGGCAUUCCAUUGGUCGAGUCGUCAGAGUACUCAGAGUCUUGGGCCUCCCUACUCCGUCUUUAUUAG